AUGCCGUCUGAGUCAGCCCUGAAAGAGGGGCAUCAGGACGAAGAUGGGAAGAAAGCUAGCCGCUUGAACGGCAAGCCUCUGCAUGAUCCUCUGGAGAAAGCUACCGAGAAGCAGCCCCAGAGUGAGAAUAGGCACACCGCGCAGGAGAAUGCACCCAAAGUGGAGCCCCUGAACGCGCCUCUGGAGAAAGCUUCUGAGUCGAAGCCCCAAGGGAAGCCUCCGGAGAAAGUUCCAAAAAACGGAUUCCCUCCGGCCCAGAACGGCGAGCCAUCGCCUGUUGUGGCAGACCCCGAUGAUGAAACACCGCCUCUCGUCGAUGAUGAGGACGAGUUCGAACCGGAUGAUGAACCGCCGCCCCUCGUCGCUGAGGAGGACGCGUUCGAAACCGAGUGGGACAUGGGGGAUCACCUUACUCCUUACCAGAAGCGCGAGCUUCAGAAUCUUUUGGACGAAUUCCAUGACGUGUUUGCACGCAGCAUGUCAGAGAUGACGACCGUCCGGGGGGAGAAGUUCUCAAUCCCGGUCACUAACGAUACGCCGAUCUUCCGGCAUCAGUAUCGGUUGUCACAAUCGGAGAAGGAGAGUCUGAAUGAGCACAUUGAGGAACGCAUCAAGUGCGGAUUCAUUCGACCGUCCUCGUCCCCAUGGGCCUUUCCCACAACCAUGCCUCCUAAGAAGGAUGAGCACGGUAACUGGACGCUUAAACGGCCAUGCGGAGACUAUCGCGAGCUGAACAAAGUCAGCGUCACGGAUCACUACCCGUUGCCCACGCCUGAAGAGAUCUUUGAUCAACUCCAGAGCGCCACGUGGUUUACCACGUUGGACCUUCGUUGGGGCUAUCACCAGGUCGCUAUCGAUGAGAAGGACUAUUGCAAGACAGCUUUCUGGGGACCUCGGGGACUCUAUGAACGGGUCGUGAUGCCGUUCGGCCUGAAGAACGCCCCGGCCUUCUUUCAGCGCAUGCUGGAUACCACCUUGCGGGCUCAGUUCGAGUUCUGCCGCUGCUACAUUGAUGACCUGAUCAUCUUCAGCAAGUCGUUCGACGAGCACUUGGUGCACUUGCGAGCGGUCUUUGAGCAGCUGCACCGCAAACGGAUUCGGUGUCAUCCGCCGAAGAAGAUGAGGCUAGCCGUGUCAGAUGUCGAGUACCUGGGCCACUUCGUGGUACCCAACGGUACCGCACCGCAGCAGGCGAAGAAGGACGUGCCAUGGGAAUGGUCAGCUCAGGCUCAAGAAGCCUUCGAGCAGUUGAAGGUCAAACUGACCGAGGCGCCUAUCCUCAGGCGGCCCAACUAUGACCUGCCCUUUGAGCUGCACACUGAUUGGAGCAGCGCCGGCCUGGGCGCCGUGCUCGCUCAGAGAGACGAGGAAGGCAAGGAGUACGUGGUCGCGUACGCCUCUCGUAGCAACAAUCGGACUGAGCGCAACUACUCCAGCUAUCAUGGAGAGUGUCUCGCCGCUGUCUGGGGAGUCCAGAUCUUCCGCUGGUACCCCUAUGGCCGACACUUCACGCUGAUCACGGAUCACGAGCCUCUGAAGUGGCUGAUGACGAACAUGAGGCUCACAGGAAUGCACGCCCGCUGGGCUAACAUCCUUCAGGAGUACGAGUUCGAGAUCGUUCACCGCAGUGGUCUCAAGAAUCUUGACGCGGACGGGCUCUCACGCAACCCGCUCCCCUCAGAUCAUGACCCGACCGAUGCUCGGAUGGAUCACACUCCUAGUGACGUCUCUCACAUCUCGGCCUGCUUGGCUCGCCUGGCUGUCGGAUCCGAUAACACUCCGUCACCCAUGCCGGCCCUCAUUCCAACUGCUCCUGAGCGCGAACCGCCUGAGGUUGAUAUGCCAGUCAAGCUUGACCGCGACAUAUGGCAUGAUGCCCCCGUGAUCGAGUUCCUGCGGGACGGUACCUACCCACCUGAUGCUUCGAGCCAGGUUCGGGACCGCAUCUGGCACCGAGCCCAGGGCUAUCACUUCGAGCACGACCUGCUGCGCAGGCGUGUUGACGGCGGUGGGUCAAAGAUUGUGCUCAAGCCCGACCAGCGCGCGAACCUGAUUCGCCGAGUCCACAUGGACAUCGGACACUUUGGUGUCAAGAAGACCUACUCACUGCUCGAGCCCACAUACUGGUGGGUCGGCAUGUACGGCCAGGUCGAAGUUGAGGUCAGCUUCUGUGUCGUCUGUGACCGUGUCAAGGCCACCUUCGAGGUGAAGGAUCCCACGCUGAAACCGCUGCCAAUCAUGGGCAUGUUCUACCGUUGGGGCAUUGACUUGUUCAAGAUGCCAGUCAAAUCGACUGCCGGCAACGAGUACGUGGUUGUGAUGAUCGAACACUUCAGCAAGUGGAUCGAGAUCUUUGCCAUACCAGCCAAGAAGGCUGAGUACGUUCGCGAGAAAUUCAUUGAGGUCCUGGCCCGCUUCGGCGCGCCAGUAGAGGUCGUUACUGACCAAGGCUCAGAGUUCGAAGGCUUGUUUGCCGAGCUCCUGAUUGCCCUGUACAUCGACCACUGCAUCUCGUGA